UUGCCUCGUUUCUCUUACACACUUCUCCUUUAGCUUCUGUUUUCUCUCACUUUCUCUGUUUUUUGAUCACUGAUUAAAACCUUUCUUGUUUGUGAAUUUUUCUCCGUAUAAAUAUCAAUUCAAGCCUUUGAUCAUGUUAAGGGUGAAGUAAAGUGCAUGUUUUCAUUUUUGGUAAUUGAAUGGAUUAGUGUUCUGCUGCAGUUUUUAUGACAUAUAUUGAUCACAAGGUAUUUCCUCAAUGGGGGGAGCUUGUUCUAGGAAAAGAGACCAAUUGGACAAUGAAGAUGGUUUACAUAGAGGGGUUUCUGGAAGAUAUUGCAAAAGUGGGAGUUCAAAGUGGUUGACAACAACUUUUACUAGACCUGUUGUAGAAAGUCAAAGGGGAAAAGGAAAAUGCCCAUCACUUAUGGAAUUGUGCACUUAUAAAAUACGGGAGGAUAUAGAUAAUUAUGGUUCAUUUUCUAUGCUCCCAAGAGAUCUAAGUCAGCAGAUCUUUAAUGAACUAGUGAAUUCCCAAUGUCUGACUGAUGUUUCUCUUAAAGCUUUUCGAGAUUGUGCCCUUCAGGACCUUUACCUGGGAGAAUACCCUGGGGUUAAUGACAAUUGGAUGGACGUCAUUUCUUCGCAAGGAUCAUCGUUACUUUCGCUGGACCUCUCUGCUUCUGAUAUCUCAGAUUCUGGGUUGAUAUAUCUCAAAGAUUGUGCAAACCUUCAAGCCUUAAAUCUAAAUUACUGUGACCAGAUUUCUGACCGUGGGCUACAACACAUCAGUGGUCUCUCAGACUUGACUAGUCUGAGUUUUAGGAGAAACAGUGGGAUUACUGCACAAGGAAUGACUGCCUUCUCUAGCCUGGUAAACUUGUUGAAGCUGGACCUGGAGAAAUGUCCUGGGAUUCAUGGGGGGCUUGUUCAUAUUAAAGGUUUGACAAAGUUAGAGUGUCUUAAUAUUAAAUGGUGUAAUUGCAUAACAGAUGCUGAUAUGAAGCCUCUCUCAGGGCUUACAAACUUGAAAAGCUUGCAGAUUUCCUGCAGCAAGGUCACAGAUUUUGGCAUUACUUAUUUAAAAGGUCUGCAAAAGCUUUCUAUUUUGAACUUGGAGGGCUGCCCAGUUACAGCUUCAUGUUUGGAUUCUCUUUCAGCUCUUGCAUCUCUGUUAUAUUUGAAUCUUAGCAGAUGCAAUUUAUCUGAUGAUGGAUGUGAGAAGUUCUCCCAGCUUGGUAAUCUGAAGGUAGUAAAUUUGGGUUUCAAUGACAUCAGUGAUUCAUGUUUGGUACACCUGAAAGGUUUGACAAAUUUGGAGAGCUUGAACUUAGAUUCAUGUAGAAUUGGUGAUGACGGGUUGGUUCACUUGACAGGUCUUCAACGUUUGAAAUGUUUGGAGUUGUCUGAUACUGAAGUUGGAAGCAAUGGCCUUCGCCAUCUUUCUGGUUUGGGAAACCUGGAGAGUAUAAACCUGUCAUUUACCAUAGUUACUGAUGGUGGUUUAAGAAAACUGUCUGGAUUGUCAUCUCUUAAAUCACUUAACCUGGAUGCUCGUCAAAUCACUGAUGCUGGACUUGCAGCUCUUACAAGUUUGACUGGACUGACUCAUCUUGAUCUUUUUGGAGCUCGUAUCACUGAUUCUGGGACAAAUUAUUUGCGAAACUUCAAGAACUUGCGCUCCUUGGAAAUAUGUGGUGGAGGAUUGACUGAUGCUGGUGUGAAGAAUAUUAAAGAUCUUUCAUCCCUGUCACUGCUAAAUUUGUCACAGAACUGUAACCUAACGGAUAAAACAUUGGAGAUGAUCUCUGGGUUGACAGGAUUGGUGUCUUUGAACGUUUCAAAUUCUCGUAUAACAAGUGCAGGGUUGCGACAUUUAAAGCCACUGAAGAAUUUAAGAUCUCUGACCCUGGAGUCUUGCAAGGUCACAGCAAAUGACAUCAGGAAGCUUCAGUCAGCUGACCUCCCUAAUCUGGUGAACUUCCGCCCCGAGUAAUCCUUAUGGUGGCGUGGAUAUAUUUCUGUAAAUAGCUUUUUAUUAGAGGGGAGGACAGCUAUCUAUGUUCAUAAAAGAUAAAGUAGAUGUUUGAUGUAUCUGUACAAAUGGGUGAUUGGAGGUGAUUCAAACUCGGCUCCAGAACCAAGGGUUCUUAUGGGAAGCCUGCGUAAAUAGAUGGAAGGGAGGGUCUGAAAUCAUCCCUUCAGGAGCUGCGGUAAAUAGAUGAAAAAAUGGUGUAGAUAUCCUUUGGAUGAUUUAAGAACAGUUUGUCAUGUACUGCUGUUGUCUAUGUUUCUAUUGAUUCAUGAAUGGAUGGCAUUGAAUGGUUGGGCGAAGUGGAGGGAGGAAUGAAGUGGAUGGUAUUGUUGAAGCAGGGAUGGCAACGGGUUCCAUCCAGUCCCAACCCACAGAUUUUUUGUUCGAAAAUUUGGGGUCUGGGGGUGGGUUUUACUCUGGAGAGUGUCUUAGCCUCGGUGUAUAUAUAUAUAAAAAAUAUUUUAGUUUUAAAUUUUUAUUAAUAUAAAUAUUAUGUUUUAUAUUUUAUUUUUUAA